AUGACAGAUCCAGACGGAACUUCACCGUCACCAAGUCCUGGCGGGAGGCGGCAAAGGGCACCUACAAUCACAAUAGACACAUCUGCUGUCAGUCCCAACAACCCACCUCAAGAUAUGGACAGCGAUGCUGUUGCUCUUAGAGCCUUACCUAACACCUCAUCUACGUUACAGGGCGAGGCUUCUAGCCCUCUCUUGGCCGAUGGAAUUGGAGCCUCCAAUGGAAAUCGGCCGAGUCGUUCGGGCCACCAAAGUCAAGCAAGCCGAGUAUCGAUACCUGAACUGCGAGCCUCGUCGUCCUUUGAUAGUAGGGAAAGGGAUAGCCGGCCAACGUCACCACACAAUGUCUCGUCCCCAACAGCGCGGUGGGGGGACAAGUCAACGGCAUUUCUUGCUGUACCAAUGUCGAGAUCAAGACAGAAUUCUAUCGAAUCCGAGACCGGGAGCCACGCGAAAACGGAUUACAGUGGGGAGACAUUUGCGAAUAGCUCCCAAGGGGACAAGGAUCGAAUGUUUGGAAAGCCUCCCGGAAACAACGAUAUCAUAAACGACCCCGAAGCCUUAACACCUGAUCCUGGGACAGAGGAAGAGUUCGAAGUCGUGGACAAUAGUUUUGCCUUCUCACAAGGACAAUUGAACAAACUCAUCAACCCCAAGAAUCUCUCAGCAUUUUACGCACUCGGUGGUUUGGCAGGCUUGGAAAGGGGGUUGAGGACGGACAGGAAAGCUGGACUGAGUGUUGAUGAGAGCGACCUAGACGGGACCGUCAGCUUUGACGAAGCGAAAGCCGCUGCUCGCAAACCAACUUCGCCACGACCGUACGACUCGACACGCCCUCUAGCACGAGUCGACUCCAAGGAAUCGAGAGUGUCGGUAAGAAGACCAUCGCCAGGCGAUUCAUUCUAUGACAGAAAGCGGGUGUUCAAGGACAAUCGAUUGCCAGCAAAGAAGGGGAAGAACCUGUUGCAGCUAAUGUGGAUCACCUACAAUGACAAAGUCCUGAUUCUGCUCUCCAUUGCCGCAGCUAUUUCGCUGGCUGUUGGGCUAUACCAGACUUUUGGAACAAAGCAUGACUCGGAGAAUCCCCCAAUCGAGUGGGUCGAAGGCGUUGCCAUUAUUGUUGCUAUCGUUAUCGUUGUUGUGGUUGGAUCCUUGAACGACUGGCAGAAGGAGCUACAAUUCGUCAAGUUGAACAAAAAGAAGCAGGAUCGGAAUGUCAAUGUCAUUCGAUCAGGGAAGACUCGAGAGAUUUCCGUAUUCGAUGUUCUAGUUGGGGAUGUCAUGCAUUUGGAGCCGGGAGACAUGAUUCCUGUCGACGGGAUAUUUAUCGAAGGCCACAACGUCAAAUGUGACGAGUCUCAAACCACUGGAGAAUCUGACUUGCUCCGAAAGCACCCUGCCGAUGACGUUUAUGCCGCCAUAGAGAACCAUGACAGUCUGAGGAAACUGGAUCCGUUCAUUCUUUCUGGUGCACAAGUCACGGACGGUGUUGGCACGUUCCUGGUCACAUCUACUGGUGUCAAUUCAAGCUACGGCAAGACUCUAAUGUCUCUGCGAGAGGAUCCGGAAGUUACGCCUCUCCAAUCGAAGCUGAACACCCUGGCAGAAUAUAUUGCGAAACUUGGUGGAGCUGCUGGUCUUCUCUUGUUCGUGGUCCUGUUCAUCGAAUUUCUGGUUCGCCUACCACACAACCAUGGUACCCCCACUGAGAAAGGUCAAGAAUUCCUUAAAAUUUUCAUUGUAACAGUCACCAUCAUUGUUGUCGCUGUACCUGAAGGCUUGCCAUUGGCCGUUACACUUGCUUUGGCCUUCGCCACAACUAGGAUGCUGAAAGACAACAAUCUCGUCCGACAUCUCAAGGCAUGCGAGGUUAUGGGAAACGCAACAACGAUUUGCUCUGACAAGACUGGAACCUUAACUGAGAAUAAGAUGACCGUGGUCGCUGGUACAUUGGGAACGAGCUCUCGAUUUGGUGGCACUGUUGAUACAUCAGAUAAAUCCAACGGUAACGCCAAAGGCAAACAAACUCAACCAGAAGCACCUAUCGAAAAUGUAUCCCCACAAGAAGUUGUUACAUCGUUGAGCCAGGGUGUCAGAACUCUUUUGAAAGACUCGAUUGCCGUCAACUCCACCGCAUUUGAAGGGGACGUUGAAGGUGUCAAGACUUUCAUCGGCUCGAAGACUGAAACAGCCCUCCUUCUAUUUGCAAAGGAAUUCCUGGGCAUGGAGUCAGUUGAUCAGGAACGCUCUAAUGCCAACAUCGUCCAGCUGAUUCCUUUCGACUCGAGUCGCAAGUGCAUGGGCGUUGUUAUCCAAUUGGAUAAAGGACAAUACAGACUCUACGUGAAAGGAGCAUCCGAGAUACUUCUUGAUAAAUGUACAGCCAUCAUCCGCGAUCCUACGAAUGAGCCUGCAAGUUCUCACAUGACAGACGACAAUCGCCAAACUCUCAACAACCUGAUUGACAAUUAUGCUUCACGAUCGCUUCGAACCAUCGCCAUGAUUUAUCGGGACUUCGACAGGUGGCCUCCGAGAGGCGCUCGAACCGUGGAUGGCGAAGGCUCUGAGGCUGUUUUUGAAGACAUCUUCACCGAGAUGGUUCUUUUGAGCAUUGUCGGCAUUCAAGAUCCUUUGCGAGCGGGUGUGGCAGAAGCUGUGGCGACUUGCCAGAGAGCUGGUGUUGUCGUUCGGAUGGUCACUGGUGACAACAUGAUUACUGCGAGAGCUAUUGCUACAGAAUGCGGUAUCUUCACCAAGGGUGGUCUCAUCAUGGAAGGACCAGCUUUCCGAAAGCUUAGCAAGACUGAGAUGGAUCAAAUGAUUCCUCGUCUUCAGGUUCUAGCAAGAUCUAGCCCCAAGGACAAGCAAAUCCUCGUUAGACGGCUUAAAGAGCUUGGUGAGACUGUUGCCGUCACUGGUGAUGGCACCAACGAUGCACCUGCUCUCAAGACUGCAGACGUUGGCUUCUCCAUGGGCAUUUCUGGUACUGAGGUAGCUAAGGAAGCUUCCGCUAUCAUUCUGAUGGAUGACAACUUCAAGUCCAUUGUCAAAGCUAUGAUGUGGGGCCGAGCUGUCAAUGACGCCGUAAAGAAGUUCCUGCAGUUCCAAGUCACGGUCAACAUUACUGCUGUGCUGCUGACUUUUAUUACCGCUGUAGCCAGCGCCAGCGAAGAGUCAGUUUUGACGGCGGUGCAACUGCUCUGGGUAAACCUUAUCAUGGACACUAUGGCGGCCUUGGCCUUGGCAACAGAUCCGCCUACCGAGAGCAUCCUGGACCGAAAACCAGAUCCUAAGUCAGCACCACUGAUCUCAAUAACUAUGUGGAAGAUGAUCAUUGGAGAGGCAUUGUUUCAACUCGCUAUUACGCUCUUGCUCAACUAUGGGGCGGUAUCAAUCCUUUCCUACCAGUCGCCCCACGAACAAGAACAAAUUCCCACCCUUGUCUUCAAUACUUUCGUAUGGAUGCAGAUUUUCAAUCAAUGGAACAAUCGUCGACUUGACAACAAGUUUAAUAUCUUUGAGGGCGUCAGUCGUAAUUGGUUUUUCAUGGCCAUAAAUCUCGUCAUGGUUGGAGGCCAGGUCAUGAUCAUCUUCGUUGGAGGCAAAGCAUUCAACGUUGUGCAUCUGAACACUGCACAAUGGCUUUACUCAAUUAUUCUUGGCGCCUUGUCAAUUCCUAUUGGAGCCGCCAUCCGUCUUGUUCCAGACGAGAUCAUUGUCAGAUUAAUUCCCAACUACUUGAAGCGUCGACCAAAGGGACCAGAGGUUACUAUCUCGGACGAGGAGGAGCAUUUCCGCUUCCCGAGGCCGCUAGCUGAUGUCAAGGAAGAACUCAGCUUCCUCAAGCGUGUUAAGGGUGGCCGAUUGAACAACCUCAAAUUUGCCAUGCAAGAUGCUCGCGACCAACUUCUUCCACGGUCCCGAAGCGGUUCUCGUUCAAGGAGCAACUCCGUUCCGCAGACUCCAAAUGGAGAGCCUCAGCGUGAGGACAGCUUCGGAUCUCAAGGCACGCAUGUUGUGACCCCUGCAUCCCGCAAACGCGGCAGAAGCAACCGGUCUCGGUCUAACUCCGCUUUGGGAGCUACGACUGUUAUGGCUGGUAUCAUUGCAGGUAGUGUGGCUGGUUGGUCGCCAAUCGAACGAAACUAUAAUAGUGAGAAUGAAUCCACGAGGUUUCAACGAUGGAACGCACGCACCGAUCUGGAAUCCCGAGACGGGGUCGAGAUCCAUCCUGCUACGAGGCCCGAUGACCCCAUUACAACGGAACGCCCACAUAAUCUCGACGCCCCCCCAAGCCAAAUUUCAGAGGUCGCUCCAGAACCUGCCACUGAAGCACCUCGAUCGCCACCUCGAGCGGUCACCAGGCCAUGA